UCAUUAGACUUAAUCAGCGUUGUCGAUACCAUUUCAAGAAACCUCUCAAAAUUUUGAUCUUAAUUUUCUUAAAUCACCAUUUCAAGAAACCAUCCCUCAUUUUAUCUUUCUAAAGCAAAAAUAAAUAUAAAAAUAGAAUAAGGUGUCAAAGUUUCUAAAUGGAUUUUAGGGAGGUGGGAUCAGAUAACACUAGCAUUAGUAUUGAUUCUCUUGCUGGUUCAGAUAAGCAGGAUGGGUACAUUUCUGGGUUUGUUAAGCAAGAAAGAUCUGGUAUCAGUGAAGAAAUUGACCUGAGCAGCUUUAAACUGCCAAAAUUGCUUCCACAAAGAGACACUUUACUCAAAUCAGAAGAUCUCACAUCAGUGGUGGAGAGAAGCUCUCAGAAUGCUUCAUCGUCUGCCUUUCAUCUCACUUCUGCUUACCACAGAAGUACAGGGCACAAUUAUGGAAACUUUAAUAAUACGAACAGGAAUGGGGUUUUCGGAGAGACUAGAGGGCCAUUUAGUUUAGCUCAAUGGCAGGAGGUUGAACUCCAGGCGUUGAUCUACAGGUACAUUAUUUCUGGUGUUCGAGUACCACCUGAAUUGCUGCAUCCCAUAAGAAAAGGUCUUAAUUCUGCUGGCUUCUCUAGCUUUUCACGUGGACUCCUGAAAACCAAAACAAGCAAAGCAAUUGCCUGGGAAUUUGACAACAAUAUUCAAGAGUGGCUUCUUAUGUUCACCAGCUUAGUCCUAGAGGGUUUGUCCUCAAUUUUUGAGCAGCUAGACUAUCCCCUAAUGGGUAUGGUGAUGGCCAUUACCGGCUUCUUUGUUUGCAUAGUUGAGAUUGUCCUUAAAGCACGAACUGAACGAGUCACUGUGGAAUGGAAAAGCUCUUUCCCAUGGUUUUACAGUCAUUAUCCAAAUUAUAAGCUUUUCGGAAGCACAAUUCUUUAUUUUGGGUUGGUUGCUGCAAUCUGGCAAUGUUUUCACUCUUCUUUAGGGUAUUAUUAUGCUUGUAAGAAAAUGGAGAAUCCCAUUAGAAUGACCAUCACUAUGUUCCUCUUCUGUAUAUGUCUGAUUAUUUCUAGGAUUAUGAAAAAGUACUCGAAUGUGCCUCCUUCGUGGACAGAGGAUUCCUGUACUUAAUACUAGUAAGCAUGGAUUGGUUGCUGCAAUCUGUAGAACUUUAUACUGGUUGGUCUUGAUUACCAAGUCAGUUAGAUUGUGAAUUGUAUUAGACUAUACAUUAUUUUACCAGUAUAAAAAUGAAGAAAUAGGAGGAGCUGUUUGUUUGUCAUGUCAAAUUAUCAGAACACUGCCAAGAAUCAGUCAGGCAUAUGUAGAAAAUGACACCAGUGUAACAGUGUUUCUCUCUUAGAAUGAUACAUGCAUUAUGCUUUGUGCUACUACUAGAGUUAGAGUGGAAGUUGUUCCAACUUUCUGCAAUCAAAGUAUCUUUAUUUA